UGUGUAUUUUUUAUGCGAUUCUCUAAAAUCCGCUUAAAAUCCGAUUAAAAUCCCAAAUUUUGUGCAGACUACAGCCUCUGAAACCCUGAAGAACGUACCGAACGGCUGAGCGAUGAUGGAUAUCGGCAGGGAUGACGAAUCCGCCGAUGUCACGCGGCUGAGUAACUCGUCGUUUGAAAUCAGUCGGAAGAAGCGUCGCAUAUCCGGGUUGGGCCUGAGCGGGGCCAACGAUACGCUACACGAUGUGAACACGAGCAGUGAAUCUCUCUCGUCGACGGUCAACACAACCCAGCUGGUCGCCCAAAGUCCUUGGGAAACGCGCCGCAUGAAGGCGGAUCUUAUCGAAGCACGCUCACGGAUUACGGUUCUGAAGAAGGAAAUCGAACAUCAAAACACGGUGAUGGCAACGAACCAGCUGCGCAAUCAGCAUAAAAUCUCUUCGCUUGAGCAAGAGCUCGCCCACAGUAGCAAGAAAGCGGCGGAACUGGAGAAGCACCUGACCGCGGUGCGUAAGCGGGAGCACGCAGCGAAAGAAGAGCUCGUCCGAACCCGCAAUCAGUUCAAUCAGCUCAAACAGACGUCCGAUGAUCAACAGUUUGGCCUGCAAUCUGCACUGCAGAAGCUGGAGCAGAAGUACAACUGCGAUACGAGCGAGCUGGGUAGCGAGAUCCGUGAGCUCACGGCCCAGGUGUCCGACUUGAUGUUACAACUGUCCGGUGUGCAGGAAGAGCUAGACGUAACGCGCGGAAUCAACGAUACACUCCAAUCCAAGGCUGAUGCGUACGAUCAAACGAAGCGUGAGCUCGAGCAGACAAUCUCGAAGCUAGAAGAAACGGAAUCGCGUGUCAAGAAGCUCGAGUUCGAGUGUGGCAGUCACGAGGAUUGGAAGAACCUAUCCAAGGUGACGACCUCCCGAUUGAUGAAGUGUACCGAGUACGAGCACGAAAACAUUCGCAUGCGCGAGGAGCUGAAGAACUUGCGCGAUCUGAUCGGUAACAAGCUGCUGCUUGAGGAGCAGGUGUCCAAUCUGCAAGCGCGAGUCGAUCGGUACGAGCAGCAGGAGGCAUCCGCGGCCACGAUUGAGGUCCGUGUGAAGGAACUGGAGAGUGAGCUGAACGACUGGAAGCAACUUGGACGGGACUACUGCCCCAAGAAGGACGGUACGCAACGGAGUGAACCGUCGGCGGCGCUGCUACGGCAUCACAUUGCCCAGCUGCUCCAGAAGGAUGUGAUACUGACCAGCCAACAGUCGACGGCGGUGAGCGAACAGCACCAAACACGGGAAGCGUUCGAUCGGCUGCGGAUGGAGAAGGAUUCCCUCGAGAAGCAGUCGGAGGAGUACAAGCGCUCUCUCAAACACUACCAAUCGGUGCUGCAGCGAGUCCAGCGCAAGCUGAAACUGGUCAUCUCCGAACGGGACUGCAUGAAGCAGGUCGUCGAAAAUUAUGAGAACGACCUAACGAUUAACCAGUCCAUUGCACAGGCGGGUCAGGAUUCACAGCAGCUGCAAGAGCGUAUCAAGAGCCUGGAGAAGGUGCUGGCGAACUAUCAGGAACAUUGCCAAAAGCUCGAAGCUGAGAUACAGUCGAAACAAGUCGUCUCCGAUACCGAGGUAUCAAAUGCACUGACCAGCGAGCAGUACCAGGAGCUGCGGAAAGAGAUCGAUUCACUUCGGAUGGAGAACCAAAUGAUACGGCGCCGUAAGCAGGAGCUCGAACUGGAGAUUGAACAGAACCGUGUGCGGUCUAUCGCGCCCGUACUGCGGCACACCGAGAGCUUGGCGGUAAAAGCAUUCGAUCAGCACCAGAAUUCGGUGGAGAAGUUGCAGGCGGAAAUCGAGAGGCUGCGGGCGAAGAUUCGCAGCAUGCAGGAGAACGGCGGAGAGCAGCAGCUGGAAGCGAGCGUCACGAGCGGCAACAUGACGAUGAACGUAAUGGAGCUGAACAAUAUGCGGGCCAAGGCCGAGAUGCUCGAGUCGAAGAUGAAGCAGAUGAAGGAAAAGUUCCGCGAAGCGUCGGUCGAGUUCCGGGACAUAUGCUACCUGCUGUUCGGGUAUCGGGUCGAUCGGAUCAGCAACAACAACUACCGCGUCCGGAGCAUGUACGCGGACAACGAUGAGGACUAUCUGAACUUCCAGCUCGACGAAUCGAGCGGCAAGCUGAACAUGCUGGCUUCACGCUACGGACAGUCGCUACUGGAGCAGGUUGAUGGGUUGCUCAACAUGCACGGAUCACUGCCCGUCUUUCUGAGUACGCUUACGCUCGAUCUGUUCAAGCGAACCACCAUUAUGGAUGCCACCAGCGAUGGCUAGUGUAUCGUAGCGGCUCAUCAUCGGGAAGGGUGUGAACAGAAUGAACGAAGUCGUUUAGCAUCUUAAGCAGAACCAAGAAACGAAAUAUAACUUGAAGAUGGAACAUGAAUAAUGAAAU